UUACAGUAUUGCUAAGUAACUAAGUUGUUAUAUAUCCAUUCUUCAAGGCGGUUCCCUUUGCGUGGCCGUGGCUCCAGCUAUAGGCAGCUACCGGCUGACUGGGUUUAUAUUUAUUAAUCUCUUUCUUUGGAUACGGCUAAUUUUGUGAUGUUACACUUACAUUCACAUACAUAAACGCUGAACUGCAAUCGCACAAGAACACGGCCACUGUCUGUGUGUGUGUGUGUGUGAGAGAGAGAGAGAGAGAGGGUCGUUAUGGAAGGGAGACGGAAUUGAGAGGGGGGAGGGAAGGAUAGUGUUAAUAAGGCAAGGCACAUUGAGGGAGGGAAAAGUGUGAGGACAAGAUAAGGGCAGGGUGGAGGUGGGUAAUUAGUCGAGCAAUCAACAGUCCAAGCUGAGAGAGGUCGUAUAAGAUUCCUUACAUCAUGGCGGACGAGAGGUCACGGGGUCCGCCAUAUGGGACUCAACCAGUGUAUGUGCAACCUUACAUGCCGGGACCUCAGUCUGUGUCUCCAUAUGCAAUUCCAGAUGUGCCUCAGCGGUAUGCCAUGCCUGGUACUACUGGGCCCUAUCCUCCACCAAUGUAUCCACCGCCGCCUGGUGGCCAAGUGCAGAGUUAUGGUUUUGAGAUUGGAGGAACAUCUGCUGGUGGUCCAGGAAAGGAAAAGCCACCGAGGAUGAUGUCGGGUGUGAGAGACGGUGAAACUGUGGAGCAGCAAGCUGGGAAAUGCCAGGAUCUUUGGGCGGCCAUCCUUUUUGUGAUGCAUUUCAUUGCAAUUGCUAUUCUGGCCGUCGUCCUGGGAGGCAAAGGUCUCAAGAAUGGUUUUGAGGAUAGUUCAGCACCGCCUUCGAAAACGAACGAUGUUGAUACCGAGGCGAGGGAAGUUGUGCCGCAACUGGUCGUGGCGGCCUUGGUGUCCUUUGUCUUCGCAUGGCUAUGGCUGCUGCUGACAAGAAAUUUCCCUAAAGCUAUGGUGACCUUUGCACUUUGGGGUGGUGUUGUGGCCUUCGGCUUUGCUGCAGUUGUUUCCAUUGUCCUUGGAAAACAAAUGAUCAGAUUUGCCAUAGUCUUUGCGAUUAUUGCUGUCAUUCAAGCAGUUUACGCAUUCCUUGUGAGGCAUAGAAUACCAUUUGCAGCUGCACUCUUGGGGAAAGUGACGUCUGUGGUAAAAAAGUUUCCUGCCACGAUUGUUGUCUCGUGCUGCUCAGUAUUCUUCUUGAUAGCAUGGUAUGCCUUAUGGGCCUUCGGUGCUGUAGGAGCGUGGACCCAGACACGAGCAGCCUUGGUGGUUUUCUUGCUCCUUGUGAGUUUGUACUGGACGUUGGAAGUGGUGCGGAAUGUUGUGCAUGUGACAGUGGCAGGGGCAAUGGCGACAUUUUAUUUCCAAGAGCACAACAUGCCGCCAAAUCCGACGAGGAAUGCACUUGGUAGGGCUAUGACAAAGUCCUUUGGCAGUAUAUGCCUGGGUUCGCUAAUGGUUGCCCUCAUUCAGGCUCUUCGCACAAUGGUUAGGAUGGCAGCAGGGAGGGACGGUGAAGAGAUGAACCCAUUCCUUGCAUCAUGUCUGCUAUGCAUUCUCAACCUCAUUGAGUGGCUGGUUCAGUACUUCAACAAAUAUGCAUUUGUUCAGGUAAUCGAGAGUGGUGUCGUGACGUACUAUGUCUGCUUUGCGGAGGAUCCGGCGACGCUUGAGCGCAACGAUCCCCAGUUCUUUCAGGUCCUGCAACAGCGGCGUGAUCAGGCACAGCAGUGACGACAGCGCCCCCCACGUUUUUCUUUUCUUUGUCGACAUGGAGCGAGAGAGAUCUGUGUAUGGUGGGUGAUGAAAAAUGGUAGUGCAAACUGGGUAUGAACAUAGACAUGGCGAGGAUCUGGUGUCUUUAUAUUUCCUUGUCAGUGAUUGUAUUAUGGUGGGAGAGACUUGUACAGCCCGGAGGGAAGAGGAGACAGUAGGCGCAGAGAAGGGAGGCGGGUAAGAAGAUGACGGGAAGAGGGGGGGGGGGGGGGGGGAGGAUGCCACUUGAAUGGCAGUUGUUUUGCCUGAAGGCUAUUGUUUUGCGAUAUCGCGACACAUUGGAGGGAGCAGACAUGUAGAUUGAGGAAAGAUGGGCUCUGCGAAGAUUUCCUGUGUACGAGGAGAGAAUGGGUUCGACGAUGCGGGGAAGGGAGAAGUGUGAAGUGGAUGAAGUUAGACUUGCAUGAAGGCUACUGGUGCGGCAGCGCAGCACACGUCAGGAAAUAGACUUGUAGAUUGAGACACAGGCGCCGCCGAUUCUUCACUAUAGCGAUUAGGGGGUCAGGGAUCAUGCGCGAGUGAGAAAAGCGGGGGGAAGGAAGCAGGACGUGCACUGGGUGGGCAGGGCAGUGCAGUCUCGUCCCAUAAGGUGGCUGGUGCGCAGCACUGUAUCCCUAGCAAGAAGCAGUUCCUAGACUGAGGCGAAGGCUGUGUGGAACGGUCCUGCAUUAGGAAAGAGAUGAUUUGAAGGCAGGGGUAUGGAGCACCUGACCCUUGGGAGCAAAGCAACCAUGGAAGCGAGAUAAGAUGCUUAAACCUCGACUCCUGCUGCACGACCAAGAAAAUUCCCAGUCGGUAUAAUCGGUCGGGCCCAACCACGCUUAGAAAACAGGUGUGGUGCAGGUUCGGACAGGGUGCAAAUUGAAGAUGCUCCCCAACCAGGUUUGGUUGGGAUUCCAGCCCAGGCUUGGGGUAUGGCAUCAGAAAAAGGUAUGGUGGUUUAAGGAAACUAGUCCUGUGCCGUCCACGUCGAGACGUCCUUCAAGGCAGGUGACGCCAUCACAAGGACCUUCAGAGUUAGGUAAGCCCAUCACAUUGACCUUUCGACGUAGGUAAGGCCAUCACAUUGACUUCUCGAGGUAGGUAAGCCCGUCACGAUGACAUGUCCACAGCGAAAAGGGGAUACAUGGGCAGUGGCUCCUUGGAUGGGUGGAUGGACUGGCAGGUGGCUGCACUCCUUGAUGUAGAAUGAUGGUCUGCUGACCGAAGGGAUCUGUCCGCGUUCAGAGAACAGAAGGUGGGAAGAGGUGCAUCCUGUCCGUGAAUAAUUCCUUCGCAAACAUCAUGAUUGCUAUGCAGCCUUGGCGGCAGAGAUGAAAACAAAAUGGAUGCAUGGAUGGAUGGAUGGAUGGAGGGAGGGAGGGAGGGAUGGAUGGAUGGAUGGAGGGAGGGAGGGAGGGAUGGAUUCAUCCCUGAGAGCGAAAGGAUGGGGGUGGACUGCAACAGGAAUGAUCUUCCCGUCGCUGCUGUUUUCAUGUUCUGGCUUUGUUGUACUCACACUUGGGAUUUCCUUGAUGUAUCUGACUGUAACUAUGCUUGGGUUCCGAUGCAGAAGUCCUAGUUUGUCCCGUACUCGUAGUUUCUGUAUUCUUUACUCUUUUCUGUUGUCAACCGUGUACUCGUUUUAUGAAAGGGUCUGCAUAGUCUUUCUGACUGUAGCUGGGCAUGAGAUCCCGUUGCCCGCAAAAAUUUGGAACUAUCAUUGUCCCACUUCCUUGAUUCGACACAUUGGCCGCAAAGUUGUUAUGUGCAUGUGGCAACUUGUUCUUCAAAUUUCUGUGCGCACAGGGUUCAAAGAAAGCUAGGAGGUUUCAAAUUUCUCUUUGGGUGGAGUAGUAAGGUACACUUGCAGGGUGAUGUGGAUGUGAUUUUUGGGUUUUGAAAUUCUGCGAGUGUUCCCUAUGUUUGGACAUGGCGAGUGUCGCUUACAGGUUUGAUGAG